CGUGUGUUAUCUAUCAGGAUAGAGCCCAGGAAGCUGCCUCCUCACCAGGUGGAGAUAGAUGCCAUUCAGCAGAACUCCACCCAGAUCUUCCACAAGGUCCACUUCCCCAACGACACGGAGGAGAUCUUUGAGGUGAACACCAGUACUAGAAUCAGGGACCUCUGUCAGACCAUCUCCACCAAGCUCCAGCUGGUGUCAUCUGACGGCUUCAGCAUCUUCGUCAAAACACCCGACAAGGUUCUCAGUCUGAAUGAUUCAGACUACUUCUUUGACAGCCUGAGACAGAUCACUGAUUGGUCCAAGAAGGCCAAGAGUGUCAAAGAGGGAGGAGGACCCAUGAACAUGUCCUACCUAGUGUUCUUCAUGAGGAAGCUGUGGUUUAACGUCAGUCCUGGCAGAGACCUGGAGGCUGACCUCAUCUUCCACUACCCUCAGGAGCUACCUAAGUACCUGAGAGGGUACCAUCGAUGUACCAAGGAGGACAUGUUGAACAUAGGGGCUCUGCUCUUCAGGGUAAAGUUCAACAACGACAAGUCCCAGUUCGUUAUGAUCCCCAAGAUGCUGAAAGAUCUGGUGCCCAACGACAUGCUGAAGGCCAUGUCCGCUACGGACUGGCAGAAGAACAUCGUUGCAGCGUACAACAAGCAGGCGAGUAUGACUUCUGAAGAAGCCAUCCUAGCGUUUCUCAAGGUGGUGUGUCGCUGGCCCACCUUCGGCUGUGCUUUCUUCGAAGUGAAGCAAACAUCAGACCCGAACUUCCCAGAUAUCGUCAGAAUUGCCAUCAGCAAACAGGGGGUCUCAAUCAUCCACCCGAAAACCAAGGAUGUCCUUGCGACUCACCCGUUCAACCGUAUCGCUAACUGGUGCAGUGGCUCCACCUACUUCCACAUCACCGUGGGCAACCUGGUGAAGGGAAACAAGAUCCUAUGUGAAACAUCACUGGGCUAUAAAAUGGAUGAUCUUCUGACCUCUUAUGUCAACAUGUACCUGAACGAGAGGAAAGCAGUUAGGACCAGAAACCAGAGAUACAACGAAUAACAUGCGACAUGUAACCAGGUCGUCACUAUCUGGACCAGUUGCAAAGUCGGGAAGCCCUGCUCAGUUAUACAAUUUCUCUUCUUCAGACCUGAUUUUAAACCUAACCCUAACACUCGUCCGUUAACCCACACUGCUUAAAAACUCAUGCCUAACCUGAACCUUAAAGGGAUAGCAUGCUAGCAGAUACCCAUAGACUCCAGUCAUUGCACUAACGCUAAUUAGUUAGCAUUGGCUCUUGAAAAUAUCUCUAACUUCCUUAAUACUGGAGACAGAGACAUAAAUAUGGUAUCCACCAGUUCCUCUGACUCAGGAAGUAGAUAAAGGGCCAAAAUCCCAAAGUAUCCCUUUAAAUUUAAGACCGUAUCGUGAAAAUGUCAUCUUUUUUUUAAAUGAUAUAGCCAAUUUUGACUUUGCAGCUUGGUCAUAUAGUGGGAACCAUGGUAACGGGAACAUGUGAGGCCUUGAGCUGCUGGGUUGGUAGAAACAUGAUGCAAACUGUGCCUUGAAUUUACAACUAAUGUUCUAACACACACACACACACACACACAUACAACACACACA